UGAGCCAUUUGUCCUCGCCCCCGCCCACAGCCCGGCUCCAGGAUUGGGUCGUUUCCGUCAGUCCUCCCUCUGAUUGGCUGCUCCGGCUUUGCUCGAGCAGGAGAUGGGGCGUGAACCCCUUUACUGCCAAUCAGCGGGUGCCGCUUCUCAAGGCACCUCCCUCCCCACCCCCGCCCCUCUGUACCGCUGCUCACGCAGUGAGCCCUCUUCUUGAGCGUGGCGGAAGAACUUCGGGGCUGGAGUCAACCCCUUAGGAGUGGAGGGGAAAAGAGCGGAAAAAACAACUCAAGACUUCUGUUGAGGGCAAAGCUCUGCGCCCGCGCUGCGCCGCGGUGACGAAAUUCCUUUGCGCCCGAAGUCGAGCGUUUUCCGCGCGGGGUGGCGGGCGCCUGCGCAGUGGCUCCCAGCGGGCGGUUGCUUGUUGGUUGUUGUAGUAACGGGGGAAGCAGCCGUCGGCGGCGGCCGUGAGCCCGGCUGGGGAAGGAGGAGAGGGUGGUAGGCGCAGAGCGCUGUCCCCGCCCGCCGGCUCCGAGCCAUGGGAAGAUGAGACAGGAAUCAGUGCCACCUAAAUUGUUUGAUCCAGUGAAUCUGCAAGGAAAGGUCUCUGAGGCCCCCCGUCUGCUGACUGCAUGACAAACCCUAAAGGAAAUGCCAGUCGUGAUGGCCCGGGACCUGGAGGAGACAGCAUCAUCCUCAGAGGAUGAGGAGGUGGUAAGCCAAGAGGAUCAUCCGUGUAUCAUGUGGACCGGAGGCUGCAGGAGAAUUCCAGUUUUGGUAUUCCAUGCUGAGGCUAUUCUGACAAAGGACAACAAUAUUCGAGUCAUUGGCGAACGUUAUCAUUUGUCUUACAAGAUUGUGCGAACAGAUAGUCGCCUGGUACGCAGCAUUCUGACAGCCCAUGGAUUUCAUGAAGUUCACCCAAGCAGCACUGACUAUAACCUCAUGUGGACAGGAUCCCACCUGAAGCCCUUCUUACUUCGCACCCUUUCUGAAGCACAAAAGGUUAAUCACUUUCCCAGGUCAUAUGAACUAACCCGGAAGGACCGACUGUACAAAAACAUCAUUCGAAUGCAGCAUACGCAUGGAUUCAAGGCUUUUCACAUCCUCCCUCAGACCUUUCUUCUGCCAGCUGAGUAUGCGGAAUUCUGUAAUUCAUACUCAAAGGACCGGGGACCUUGGAUAGUAAAACCAGUGGCCUCUUCUAGGGGGCGGGGCGUCUACCUGAUCAACAAUCCGAACCAGAUUUCCCUGGAAGAGAACAUCCUGGUCUCCCGUUACAUUAACAACCCCCUGCUCAUAGAUGAUUUCAAGUUUGAUGUGCGCCUCUAUGUGCUUGUGACUUCCUACGAUCCCCUUGUCAUCUAUCUCUAUGAAGAAGGGCUGGCUAGGUUUGCAACCGUGCGAUAUGAUCAAGGAGCCAAGAACAUUCGGAACCAGUUCAUGCACCUGACAAACUACAGUGUGAAUAAGAAGAGUGGAGACUAUGUGAGUUGUGAUGAUCCAGAAGUGGAGGAUUAUGGGAACAAAUGGAGCAUGAGUGCCAUGCUUAGGUAUCUGAAACAAGAAGGUAGAGAUACAACUGCAUUGAUGGCCCAUGUGGAAGACCUGAUUAUUAAGACUAUAAUCUCUGCUGAACUAGCUAUUGCUACAGCCUGUAAAACCUUUGUUCCUCACCGCAGCAGUUGUUUUGAACUCUAUGGCUUUGAUGUGCUCAUAGAUUCUACUCUGAAGCCAUGGUUGUUGGAAGUAAAUCUCUCUCCUUCUUUGGCCUGUGACGCACCUCUGGACCUAAAGAUUAAAGCCAGUAUGAUUUCAGACAUGUUCACUGUUGUAGGAUUUGUGUGCCAGGACCCUGCCCAGCGGGCAUCAACCCGGCCAAUUUAUCCCACCUUUGAGUCUUCCAGGCGAAACCCUUUCCAGAAACCUCAGCGUCCAGUGUCUGCACAGUUUCAGUCCUCAAACGACAAACAGCGUUCCCGUCCCCUCUCUGCCAGUGAUGCGGAAAUGAAAAACCUUGUGGGCUCAGCCCGAGAGAAGGUUCCGGGGAAGUUGGGUGGUUCUGUGCUCGGUCUGUCAAUGGAGGAGAUCAAAGUUUUACGGAGAGUGAAGGAAGAAAAUGAUCGGAGAGGUGGAUUUAUUCGCAUAUUCCCUACAUCAGAGACAUGGGAAAUAUAUGGGUCCUACCUCGAACACAAGACUUCCAUGAACUAUAUGCUGGCAACACGUCUCUUCCCGGACAGGGGAAACCCAAGAAGAAGCUUAUUGACAGGAAGAACACGACUGGCUGCUGACGGAGCACCGGAAUUGAAGGUGGAGAGUAUGAACUCCAAGGCCAAACUGCACGCUGCCCUCUAUGAGAGGAAGCUCCUGUCUUUGGAGGUGCGGAAACGUCGACGACGGAAUGGCAGAUUGAGGGCAAUGAGGCCAGAAUACCCAGUGAUCACUCAACCAGCUGAAAUGAAUGUUAAAACCGAGACAGAGAGUGAAGAGGAGGAAGAAGUUGCAUUAGACGACGAAGAUGAAGAACAGGAGGCUUCCCAGGAGGAGUCUGCAGGGUCCCUCGGAGAAAGUCAAGCCAAAUACACCCCCCCACUGACUGUUAUGGUAGAAAAUUCACCCAAAGAAAAUGCCGCGAAAGUUUCUGAAUGGAACAAUAAAGGUGAACAGUGCUGCAAAAUUGAGACUCAGGAGCCAGAGCCUAAAUUUAACCUGAUGCAGAUUCUGCAAGAUAACGGCAAUCUUAGCAAAGUGCAGGCCCGAAGAGCGUUCUCUGCCUAUCUCCAGCAUGUUCAGAUUCGCCUGAUGAAAGACAGUGGAGGUCAGACGUUCAGUGCCAGUUGGGCUGCCAAAGAGGAUGAACAGAUGGAGCUAGUGGUUCGCUUCCUUAAACGAGCAUCAAGUAACCUCCAGCACUCAAUGAGGAUGGUAUUACCCAGUCGACGAUUGGCACUUCUGGAACGCAGAAGAAUCUUGGCCCACCAACUGGGUGACUUUAUUCUUGUGUACAACAAGGAAACAGAACAGAUGGCUGAAAAGAAAUCAAAGAAGAAACUUGAGGAAGAGGAGGAAGAUGGGGUGAAUACAGAAAACUUUCAGGAGUUCAUCAGACAAGCAAGUGAGGCUGAACUGGAGGAGGUGUUGACUUUUUAUACCCAAAAAAACAAGUCUGCAAGUGUCUUCCUGGGGACUCACUCAAAAAGUUCUAAAAACAGCAACAGUUAUUCUGAUAGCAGGGCAAAGGGUGAUCACCAUGAGACAAUGGAAGAAGUGAAAAUAAAGCAACCCAAACAGCAGCAGGCAACAGAAAUUCACUCUGAUAAAUUAUCUCGAUUUACCACUUCAGCAGAACAAGAGGCUAAAUUAGUCUAUACCAAUUCUUCCUCUGCUUCUUUCUCUGGUCCUGCUGCUACUCUUCUGCAGAAAAUUCCCAAUACCCACUUGUCAUCUAUUGUUACAACCUCUGACCUCUCACCGGGGCCUGGCCAUCAUUCUUCUUUCUGUCAGAUUCCUCCAGCUAUCCCCAGCAUGUCUCACCAGCCAACAAUUGUACUGAGCACAGUCCCUGACAUUGCUUCUCCCUUCGUGCAUCCUGGGACACAGAACGUACCAAGCCCGGCUGGCCUGCCCCGCUGUCGAUCAGGCAGUUACACCAUUGGCCCCUUUUCCUCUUUCCAAAGUGCUGCACACAUCUAUAGCCAGAAACUGUCUCGUCCCUCUUCGGCAAAGGCAGCAGGGUCAUGCCAUCCAAACAAGCUGCAUUUGGGAGUGGCUAAAACACAAAAAGAGGGAGAAGAUGAUUCUCCAUCCAGCAAACGGUACAACCCAAGUAUGGUUACGGCCGAGCUCCAGCGGCUGGCUGAGAAGCAGGCGGCCAGGCAGUAUUCCCCAUCCACCCACAUCAGUCUCCUCACCCAGCAGGUAACAAACCUGAAUUUGGCAAGUGGCGCCAUAAGCAGAAGCAGCGCUUCAACGCCCCCCACCCUUCGGCCCGUGAUCAGUCCUAAUGGCCCGACGUGGUCCAUACAGUCAGACCUUCAGGCUCCUGAGAGCCACCCCACCCCUCCUGGAAGCAGGAGCCUUCAAACAGGUGGCUUUGCCUGGGAGGGAGAGGUAGAGAACAACGCAUAUAGCAAGGCUACAGGGGUUGUCCCUCAGCACAAGUAUCGCCCCACAGCGGGCAGUUACCAACUCCAUUUUGCCCUGCAGCAACUUGAACAACAAAAACUUCAGUCUCGGCAGCUUCUGGACCAGAGUCGAGCCCGGCAUCAGGCCAUCUUUGGCAGCCAGACCCUACCUAACUCCAAUUUAUGGACAAUAAAUAAUGGUGCAGCUUGCAGAAUUUCAAGUGCCACAGCUAGUGGCCAGAAGCCAGCCGCUCUACCGCAAAAAGUGGUGCCGGCUCCAAGUUCUUCCUCCUCGCUGGUCCCCAAGCCCCCAGCCAAUCACAAACAAGUCCUCAGGAAGAUGACAUCCCAGAAGGCCUCCAAAGGGUCCACAGAAGGGCAGCUGAAUGGACUCCAGAGCAGCCUUAACUCUGCAGCCUUUGUGCCCAUCACCAGCUCCACAGUGAUUCUCAGAGCCAGCAAGAAGGAGAAAUGUCCCAAAAGGGAACAUCCGUCUCAGCCAUUUGCCUGGAGCUGAAGGUUGCGGGCUCCAGGCCUCUAGGAACUCCGGGUUUGCCGGCUGUCUUAGAGCCACUGCUGGAUGAAAACAAGGGUCUCCCGCCAGACACAGAUAAUUACGAGCCAGAAGUUAAAACAACACCUACACUGGUGAUAUCUUGAUAACAAGGAUGACAAAGGAAUGGAAAAGCCUGUGUCUUUCCCCACCACGUGGGGCAGAGACAGCCUCCACAGAGCCAACUCCUGGUGAAUUAUAAAAGGAUUUCCAGAGUCUUGCCUUCACUGCUGAGGCUGUUGAAUCAUCCCAGAUGUAUGCAUAAAAUUGGUUCAGCCGCGAGAGAGCUUAGAGAUGAUCUCUGACUUUACAGAUGAGAAAACUGAGGCUCAGAGAGGUGACCUGACUAAUGCCAUCUGGUGUGGUUGCUUAACCAGCUUGAGGCUCUUCGUUAGAUAAAGAACGCCCUUCCGCUGAAUCUGGGAGAACGUCUGUGACGAUAUCAAUCUCCUGGCCAUAACGAUAGGCGGAGCUAAGAAACAACACACCCAGUGGUCCCUGUGCCAUCUGCCACCAGGGUUACAAAGAGCUCCUACCCGCUCCUGCUUGGUCCGAUAGGUGAUUUGCUCAUGUUGUAAAUCAAAGUGCUAUUGGAGCCUUGAGGUUAAAGGUGGGGCUUAAAACGUUUAUUUUCCACACUUGGGUUAGUGUCUCACAGCAUGCAUUCUGCAGGCAGAACAACGUCUAGGUUAGAGCCCCUGCUCUUUGAGGCACAUUACUUAACUGAUGCACGUUUCUGUGUCCUCAUCUGUAAGGCAGAGAAUCGGGGUUCCUCUCUGACAGGGCAGAGCCAGAAGAUGGGCCCUCUCCUCUGUGCUCACCGUGGUGCCCUUUCUCCUGCACACGGGAAACGAUUCCUUGCCACACUUUGCUCUCCAGGCUCCCCUACGCCCUUACGCCAGCUCCUGCCGUCACCUCCCUCUAAGUGCCCCUCCACUGGGUACAGGAGCAGGCUGGGAAUGAUGAAACGUGGAAGCGAAUGCGAUCUCAUCACUUCCCCCCAGAAGCUCUGGCACCCAGACCCUGCUAGGGUCCCGCCACGGACCCAGUGCCACUCUAGGACACAGCCCUCGUGAGCUCAGGACGGGCUUCCCUCACCCCAAGCCUCUGAGGAUGGCCUUCUGCUUCUUCUCAGCAUCUGCCCCGCUGCCUCCUUUAUAAUUAGUGUGCCUUCUGCGUCUGCCUCUCUGGGGCUGGCUCGGCACCUGACCAGCUGCAGGGCGGGCCCGAGCCGCGUCUGCUCAGCCUCUGUGUCACCUCCAACAGCUGCAGAGAGUCUGGGCCUGCUUCCUGUUUGCACCUGCAAGCCUCCACGGCAUCGCCCGUGUCCCACUGUGCCCUGGCCCCUCCACAAUAUCCCAAAUAGUGUCUUGCUCCCUGUGCCGGGCUUGCUCCCAGCCUGACCAGGCUCUGUGGCCCGAGGGUCGCCCCUACCUGCUAGGGUUCUGCUGCUGCAGGCCGAGCUGCCCAGCGUCCGUGGGCCCUUGCCCUCGCUCUCCCCAAGAUUGCUCGCUACCUGUGUCCUGAGUCUCUGUACAAAAUCCACACCCACUGGCACCCAUAUGCCCUCGCAUGCAUCUGGCCCAUUCAUUCUCGGCUCUGGAUUCCAGGCUGGAUGCGCCCUUGUGACUCAGAACCCCUCCUCCCUGGGACUCCACCUCCUGACCCGGAUCGUGAGGUCCGAGCCCUUCUCUCUCACCCUGGGCUCCCUUCAGACCUCUCCUGCAGGCCUCAGUUUUCCACCCUCGUGGCCACUGUCUCCGGACUUGGUGGUUGCCCGGGGGGUUGGGGGUUCAGCCAUCCAGGUGCUGGUGCCUCUGGGAACCGUGGGCCCCUGGCAGAGGCUGAGCCAGACCCACGGGAGGACCCUGGGCAGGAUGCACGAGCCCUGCCUCUUACUCCGGCUUCCGCCCCGCACGGUAGCCACAUCCUAGGGCAAGGCGCUCCAGGCGGCCACAGGAAACGGGAGUGGGAACCCCUCGCCAGUAACCACAGGCUGCUGGACCUGGCAUGGGCCGGCUCCCAGUAGGGCCUUUUGCACCUUCAGCUGGAGCUGCUCCACCCACCAGCCAGCUACUCCUCUUCCUCCUCUGCAGCCAGGUUCCUUUCAACUUCCCAAGUUCCCCCACUGACCCCCCUCACCCUGCCUGCUCCCUCCCACU